AUGACUGAGUGCAUAUCCAAUUCAUAUUCUACAUUUUCAUAUAAACCCAAUCGUCAUUUCCGUCGUCCUUCGAUUACGAAAGGAACAAUAUCAAGUAUAGCAAAAGAUGUCAGAUCAAACGACACAGUUGCUUCAUUAAUAAGAAAAAGAAACAAUAUGCCGCCUCCAUCUGUGCAGCAUCAAAAGCGGCUUUCUGCGCGUCCAUCAUCGAUCGAUUUAAGAUCUUCAAGAGUUGCUACGGAUGGUAAACAACAAAGCGUGUCAAACUUUAAUCCUACGUUGUCUUCGGUGAAACUCCGAUUGGAUGAAAAGAAUAACAAUAACAAGCACUCGGCGACUGCGGUCAUCAAGCAAAGAGAAGAGGACCUGUGUCUGAUGCGACGUUGCGAAGCAUGUAACAGAAGAAAUGACAGUCAAUGUAACCAUAGCAACAUGAUGACAGAAAGACAGGAAAACAAGGGAAUGGGAGGACUUGUUUCAGGAUAUGCGUCAUCUAGUUCAUUAUCAUCCAUAUCAUCAUCAUCAUCAUCAUCCUCAUCAAGUACAUCAUCAAGCUGCAAGACAAGACGAAGAAAAUAUUCUGAAACGAAUACCAGCCCCUUAUGGCCUUUUGCGCAACCCCCGCCACCGUCCUCUAAAGUACCCAUCCAUCAAUUACGUGAAACAAUCAUUGAAGACUUGACGUCAAGUAUAGUCUCUUACUCGAAUCAGAUACAAGAUCUAUCCAACGCCAUCUCCAUCUCUUUCUCAUCUACUUCUUUUGAAACAUUGGCGUUUAAAAGAGUUUACUACCGAGAGCAACAAAGUGGUGCAACAUACAGAUCCCAAAUAAAGGAAUGCAAAGCACUUAUUGUGCAACAAAAGGAGUUAUUGGAUAAGUUAGAGGAGCUAGUAUUUGAAGAAGAAAAUCACCAUGAACAACAAGUCAUGCUCAAGCAACCUACGACUAGCAUCGAUCAGUCAAGCCGUCUGCUAAGGAAAUUCAAGGACAGUUUAGUCAAGCCAACCGGUUUAACUCAAUUAGUGAUUCGCCAAAAUAAACUCAAAAAGAAGGACACGGUUGUUUCAAUUCAAGGCAUCUGUGAAACCAAAGAACCUUCCUUGAUACCAAACAAGGUAAAGCCAGAAUGUAACAUGUAUAGAGAGACAUUCUCACCUUUUUUCUUUUGA